CAAGGCUGCAGUCAUUUGUGUACCAAUAGUCGUUCUGUUUUAUUUAUUCGUCGCAGUCUGCAGCUCUCCCAGUUGACUUGUUUAUUUGGAAUACGCUUUUGAUACAGUAUCAGUAAGAAGAGGACGGGAUGGCAGAAGCCCACUCGGCCGUCGCCUUUUCCUUCGCCAUCACCCACGAAGGAUGGGACGUCAACUUCGACAGGGAGGUUCUGCAUCUCGUCUGGGACUCUGGUGUUAGGUCGUGGAAGAAGAGAAUUGCUAGGUUGAAGAACAAUCUGAAGACUGGACUUUAUCCUGUUCCGAUCAGUUCUCUUUUUGCAACAGCUGCUGUUGUUUCUGGUUCCCAUUACUAUGGUGUAGAAAUACCUGGAUUGGACAAAAUCUUAAGACUGAUUCCAAGCAAAGAUAUAAAGUAUGAGAUAGCAGCAUGCGCUGGCCUCAGUGCACUUGGCUUCUUUGGCUUUUCCCUUUCCUUGAAGUAUGCCCUCAAGGCUCUAUUUAUGUAUAAAGGAUGGAUGUAUGAAUCUCGUGGGCCAGGAAGAAAGCCUUCUUUCAAGACCCGUGCAUGGCUCUUUUGGGUCAAACUUGUGUCUGGGCCGAGCAGACCAAUGCUCUACAGUUAUCAAGGAUCAUUGCCAAGGUUACCGUUGCCUUCGGUUAAAGAUACUAUGGCAAGGUACCUUCGCAGUGUAAGACCAUUAUUAGAUGAUAAAGAGUAUGCAAGAAUGGAAAAACUUGCCCUAGAAUUUCAAAGUGGUAUUGGUGUAAAACUGCAGAGAUAUCUGGUAUUGAAAUCUUGGUGGGCUACAAACUAUGUCUCUGAUUGGUGGGAAGAAUAUGUUUACUUGCGUGGAAGAUCUCCUUUAAUGAUCAAUUCUAAUUUCUAUGGAAUAGACACGCUAUUUAUGCAUCCUACUACCAACCAAGCAUCUAGGGCUGCUGUUGUAAUAUAUGCAAUGCUUCAGUUUCGAAGGCUGAUUGAGCGACAGGAAUUGGAGCCGAUCAUGCUUCAGGGUAUUGUUCCAUUGUGCUCUUGGCAGUAUGAAAGAAUGUUUAAUACGACAAGAGUUCCUGGUGUUGAGACUGAUAAAAUAGUUCACCUACUAGACUCAAAGCACAUUGUUGUUUACAAUCGUGGUAGAUUUUUUAAGGUUAUUAUUCACCAUAACAGAAGAAUACUACUUCCUUGUGAAUUAGAAAUACAGAUGCAAGCGAUCCUGGACAACGAUACUCCCCCAUGUGUAGGCGAGGAGAGAUUAGCCGCUCUCACCGCAGGUCAUCGUGCUCACUGGGCCCAAACUCGGCAGGAGCACUUCUUUAAGGGUGUCAACAGGCAGGCUCUUGAUGCUAUUGAAAAAGCUGCUUUCAUUGUUUGCCUUGACGAUGUUCCGUACGAAUUUGAUAAGAAUGUACCCAGUAAGUUGGACGAGUAUGGCCGUACUCUUCUCCAUGGAAAAGGUUAUGAUCGAUGGUUUGACAAGUCUUUCACUCUUUGUGUAGGAACUAAUGGAAAAAUUGGUGUCAAUGCCGAGCAUUCUUGGGCUGAUGCUGCUGUUACGUCACAUCUUUGGGAAUUUACCAUCAUAGAUGAAACUAGCGGCAACUGGUACAAAGAAGAUGGGCAUACUAAAGGAACUCCCAGUUUUGCCCCUCCUCCGCCUAUUAAAUUACAGUGGGACUUGAAGGACUCCUGUCUUAAUGCAAUUGAUGCUUCGUAUCAAGUGGCAAGACAACUUAUUGAUGACAUCGAUCUUCACAUAUACAUGCACGAUGCCUACGGAAAAGGUUUCAUGAAGCAGUGCAGAUUGAGUCCAGAUGCUUAUUUACAGAUGGUGUUACAAUUGGCUUAUUAUAGGAAUGCAGGUAAGUUUUCACUGACAUAUGAAGCUUCAAUGACUCGCUUAUAUCGAGAAGGCCGUACUGAAACAGUCAGACCAUGCUCAAUAGAAUCAGCUGCUUGGGUCAAAGCAAUGUCAAAUAAUGAUAAAACAGUUUCAGAAAAGGUAGCACUCCUUCAAAAGGCGUGCCUCCAGCACCAAAGAGCCUACUUGGAUGCAAUGUGUGGAAAAGGCAUUGAUCGUCAUCUCUUCUGUUUGUAUGUUGUUUCAAAGUAUCUGGAAGUCGAUUCUCCAUUUCUUAAGGAAGUACUAAGUGAGCCUUGGAGAUUGUCUACUUCACAGACUCCACACGGGCAGACAAGUAAACUUGAUCUUAAGAAAUAUCCUGACUGCAUUUCUGCUGGUGGAGGCUUUGGUCCAGUGGCUGAUGACGGAUAUGGAGUUUCUUACAUUGUUGCAGGAGAAGAUAUAUUGUUCUUCCAUAUUUCAUCCAAAAAAAGUUGUCCCACUACGGACUCCAAGAAGUUCGGUGAGGAUAUAAAGCAAGCUUUACAUGAUAUAAGAACACUCUUCCUGGAAUACAAAAAAGAAAAUGGUGGGAAAAAAUAGAAUCUUAAUGGUGUGGCUUUAUAAAGUUUAGUUAUUAAGUUUAGGAUGUUUUUGAUAUUGAAGUUUAUUUUUAUAUCUACCAUAAUAAAUAAGGUUUUUCUUAUUUCAGUUUGAGUAAGAUCAUAAAUUAUUAACAUAUUUUUGGAUAAAUCUUGUUAUAGAUGUAAUACUGACAAAUAGACUGAUCACAAAUGAAUGACUUUUAAAAUUUGU